GCCACGAACCAUUAUUUGUGUGUGCGCGCCACAAAAUUAACGGAAAAAAAAAAACCGAUCAUAAAUCAAAAAAUGGAAAGCAGCCGCGAUCGUCCAACGGUGAUGGUGACGAACGACGACGGAAUCGACGCCCCCGGCCUCCAAGCUCUUGUUCGUGCUCUGGUUUCCUCCGAUCAAUUCCAAGUCUUCGUCAGCGCCCCAGAAAGGGAACAAUCUGCUGUUAGUCAUAGUUCGACAGUGCUAACUGUUAUGCAUGCCAAGCCUGUGGAAAUCGAUGGAGCUAUUGCCUUUGCAGUUUCCGGAACCCCUGCUGACUGUACAUCUUUGGGAAUUUCCAAGGCUCUCUUCACCUCAGUACCAGAUUUGGUAAUCAGUGGCAUUAACAAGGGUAGCAACUGUGGUUAUCACAUUAUUUAUUCAGGGACUGUAGCAGGUGCUCGGGAAGCAUUUCUGCACAACAUACCUGCUGUUUCUUUAUCAUAUGACUGGUACGGUCCUGGAGGGAGGCGCAGUGCUGAUGAUUAUGAACUGGCAGCAGAGGCUUGCUUGCCUAUAAUCAGUGGUAUAUUGGCUGAAAUCAGGGAGAAUACUUAUCCUAGAAACAGUUUUCUCAAUAUAAAUGUUCCUGCAGAUGUUGUGAAUCAUAAGGGGUAUCGACUAACCAAGCCCGGGAAUAGUAUGAAUAAACUUGGGUGGAAGCAAGUCGCUUCUCAAGCUCAAGGAGAGGAAAUGAUAUCAGCAAUGGUUUUGGCUCCACGUCCAUCAUCAAUCCUUGAACCAGAGGCAGUGGAUGAUACCAAAAACAAAAAUCUUAUGUUCAUAAGAAAACUCUUGGAGUUUCAGGUCGAAGAUGGUGGCACGGAUUAUUCUUCUCUUCUAGAAGGAUACAUAACUGUGAGUCCUCUAGGUGCUAUGUCUCCUGCUGAGGAAGAUAGCCACUCAUACUUUGCAGUGUGGCUGCCACUUCUGAAUCAAUGCUUUUCUUCCUCUACCCUUUGAACACACAAGAAGCUGCAAUUUUAUUCUAAUAAAUCUGUGUCUUCAAAUUACGAAAAGCAAAGCAUGUAUUUUUAACAAAAAAUCCUCACUAUAUUGUAUUUGUCACUGACCUUCAAAAUUACAUCAUGUAUUUAUCCUUUA